UAAACAACACAGGGGCUAGUCACGUUAACUGAUUGGUGCCUUGUGCUUGGAAGAAGUCUCUCAGUAGGAUAACAAGAUAUCUUACUUGUAAUUAAGCAACAAUGUCGUCAGUUGAGUGUUUGAGAGAGUUAAUCAACGAGCGACUAACUGCUGCUGCUGAAGAAAUAUUCCGAGAUUUUCAAAAAACUAUCGUCGAGUACGAGGAAGAGAUCGAUCGUCAGCGCAGACUGCUGGACAUCGUUUGGAAACCAGAGAUAAAGUUACACAGAAUAGAGCUCCCUCAGCAACAUGUCUGUAAUGAAGAGGAGGAGGUUCUCACUGAUCACCAGCUCUGUAGCCAGGAGAGGACCUCCAGUCUGGACCUAGAGGACCCAGAACCUCCACAGAUUAAAGAGGAACAGGAGGAAGAGCUCUGCACCAGUCUGGAGGGAGAACAGCUGGUACUGAAGCAGGAGACUGAUUUCUUAAAGUCAAGUCCUAAUUACUUAAGUGAUCACAGUGACUGGACUCUAGUUUUGAGUUGUGAUCAAAGUGAAGCAGAGAAAGAGCCUCCAGACAACAUCUCAACUAAAAGGAUAAGAUCUCAAUCUGACAGAGAGAGCUCUGGAGUAUCUGAACCAACCACUGACCAUCAGCUCAUCUUUCACACCUCUUAUGUGGGAAAUAACCAGGAACACAAAAGUGACACCCAUAGAAAUGCAACAAAGCCAACGGAAAAACAUGAGGGCACCUCAACAUUGUCUAGAAACAUUACACUAAAUAUAAAUAAGGAGCAGAACACGGUAAUGACUAGUAAUUCUCAGCCCAAACUAAAUGACAAACCUUUCAAGUGCAACAGCUGCAGUAAAGACUUUUAUGUGUAUAAACAACUAAAAGUUCACCUGAGGACCCACACUGCUGAGAAGCCUUUCAGUUGUACAGUCUGUGGAAAGACAUUCAGCCUUAAACGUUACCUCACGCAACACAUGAUAACCCACUCAGCUGAGAAACCGUACGCUUGCAGCAGAUGUCGGAAGAGUUUCCGGCGUUUACAGCAUCUACGGAUUCACAUGACACGUCACACAGAGCUCCUACAGCAACAUGUCUAUAAUGAAGAGGAGGAAGUUUUCACUGACCAGCAGCUCUGUAACCAGGAGAGGAACUCCAGUCUGCACCAAGAGGACCCAGAACCUCCACAGAUUACAGAGGAACAGGAGGAGGAGCUCUGCACUAGUCUGGAGGGAGAGCAGCUGGUACUGAAGCAGGAGACUGAUUUCUUAAAGUCAAUCCCCAAUUAUUUAAGUGAUCACAGUGACUGGACUCUAGUUUUGAGUUGUGAUCAAAGUGAAGCAGAGAAAGAGCCUCCAGACAACAUUUCAACUAAAAGGAUAAGAUCUGAAUCUGACAGAGAGAGCUGUAGAGUAUCUGAACCAACCACUGACCAUCAGCUCAUCUUUCACACCUCUUACGUGGGAAAUAACCAGGAACACAAAAGUGACACCCAUGGAAAUGCAACAAAGCCACAAAAAAAACAUGAGGGCACCUCAACAUUGACUACAAACAUUCCACCAAAUAUAAUUAAGCAGCAGAAUGACAAACCUUUCAAGUGCAACAGCUGCAGUAAAGACUUUUAUGUGUAUACACAACUGAAAGUUCACCUGAGGACCCACACUGCUGAGAAGCCUUUCAGUUGCACAGUCUGUGGAAAGAGAUUCAGCCUGAAACGUUACCUCACGCAACACAUGAUAACCCACUCAGCUGAGAAGCCGUACGCUUGUAACAGAUGUCAGAAGAGUUUCCGGCGUUUACAGAAUCUGCAGAUUCACAUGAGAAGUCACACAGAGCAUGUCUGUAAUGAAGAGGAGGAGGUUCUCACUGACCAGCAGCUCUGUGACCAGGAGAGGAACUCUAGUCUGGACCAAGAGGACCCAGAGCCUCCACAGAUUAAAGAGGAACAGGAGGAACUCUGCACCAGUCUGGAGGGAGAGCAGCCAGUACUGAAGCAGGAGACUGAAACCUUUAUGUUGACUCCUACUCGUGAGGAAAGUGACAACAGUGAAGAUCAGACUCUGGACUUAGAUCCGGUUGAAACUCAGAGUGCAGCAGAGAAAGAGCAUGUUGUCAGUAUGUCAGUUAAAAGCUCAGUGAUACCAGAUCCAAACAGGGAAGACCAGCUCCUCUCUCACAAUUCUAAUCUAACUGAGAGCCAAGAUCACAAAGGAGGCAAAGAAGGAGAUUCAGGAUCAACUAGAAACGCAGAGCCGAAACCAAAGAAGAGACAUCACAGGAGCAAAUAUCGCACCAACAAUGAAGACAACUCUACCACAUCAAAGAUUCGCAGUAAUUCCAUUACAGGGAAACAGUGUUUUAAAUGUGACACUUGUGGGAAAGCUUUUAAGUGCAAGUCCAAAUUGCAUAUACAUCUGAGAGUUCACACAGGUGAGAAGCCGUUCCCAUGUAACACUUGUGAGAGAAGAUUCUCUCAGCUGGGCGCAUUAAACCUACAUAUGAAAGUCCACACAGGUGUGAAACCGUAUAACUGCAAAACCUGUGGAAAAGGAUUCUAUCGAAUGACAGAUAUGAAAAGGCACAUGAGAACCCACAGAGGUGAGAAACCGUACCCCUGCAACUCCUGUGGGAGGAGAUUUAGUGACAUGACAGCAGUGAAAGUGCAUAUGAGAAUCCACACAGGUGAGAAGCCGUACCCAUGUAACACUUGUGGGAAAAGCUUCUCUCAGCUGGGAGCAUUAAAAGUGCAUAAGAGAAUCUAUACAGGUGACAAGCCGUACAAUUGCAAAACUUGUGGGAGAGAGUUCUGUUGUAGACAUCAAUGGAAGAUCCAUAUGAGAACGCACAAAGUGGGAAAAGAUACCAUACUUGAAAAGACACAUAAGAAUUCAUACAGAUGAGAAGCUGUACACUUGUUAAACAUGAGGGAGAGCUUUGUGUUGACUUUACAGUCUACAUGAGAAGAACCUGCUGCAACAGGGAAAAGAUUCUGUUAUAUGUCUGAGUUGGAAAGCAUAUAAUUGUCCAUACAAGCAAGUAGCCUUGUAUUUGUGAAACGUUGGAGAGGAUUCAGUUGUAGUGAUUCAUGGAUAACAUGCACAGGUGAACGACCAUAUAAUUGCAGCAUUUCUGGGAUUUGUUUUUUCUCAAAUGACAUAUUGAAAGAAACAAACCAUAAACAGGACAAACCAUCAGGCUGAAACUCCCAUGGGCAAGUGUUUACCAACUAAAAUGAACAAACUUUUGCAAUAGCUGCGUCUUUGUUGGUGAAUAUAAAAUAUUUCCCAUUAAGAAGAGAUCACAAUAUCUUAGUGUAAUGAAGUGGUACAUUGUCAACAAUACCAUCAAGUAUUGUUGAACUCACCUCUUGCGUGUUUUUCUUUCAAAUUAAGGUAUUACUCUUAUUUCUGUUUCAACAGUUUCUAUCCCCUUGUUUUGAAUUAAACAAAGACUUAAAAUCCAGGUACUUCAAGUAGUGCUUGAUAUUUUCAAAUAAUGCCCAUUAUACAUUUUUGCAAUCAAAUGUACUGGGUCUUGUUAUAUAGUAAAAUAAAACAGUGAUGUUGCUCACUCUAAAAUAUAAAUUUGGACUUCUUAACUAUAACUUAGACAACCAACAGAGCAGGGUUGUGAAUUAAUUUACUGAUUGGCAUUUCUUUGUUUAUUUUCAGUACAUCCCUAAACUUGAGUUGUUGGAUUGUUAGUUUCUACAAAUGUUAAUGAUUGACCUGUUAAAUGAUUUUUUUCUCUAUUUUAGUAUACUAAAUCAAUAAUGUGAGUGGAUUUCAGGCUCUCUGAUGUCAAAACAAAGAAAACCUCUAGUUCUGUAUGCUCUCUUAAGUUUUCAUGCUGCCAACUGGAGUUUUUUUUUGUCUGCAGGGUUUAUUUUCAAUUGUAUAAUUUUUAUGUAUUUUUUCCUGAUUUAACUUGAGAUAAAAUUUGCUUCUUUAGAGAUGACACGCAUAAAUUGUAGAUGAUUUACUACAUGGUGUAGUAAUCACAUUUUAUUAACAAUAAAAUAUUUUUUCAUGAUGGCUUUUCAGUCUG